GAAAUAUUGUGCAUUAAUUUGUCAUUGUUUAUUAUAUUAUGACUUGUUUUCAGAUGAAAUAAAUUUAUAUUAAACUUUUCUUUUCAGCCUGAGGGGCUUACGGCUGUAGUUGAAACUAGUAAUAUAGUAUUUUCUACAAUUUUUGCACUAGAAAUGUUUUUCAAAGUCAUAGCCGAAGGACCAUUUGGAUACAUCAGCAAUGGAUUUAAUGUUUUUGAUGGCGUUAUUGUAGUUUUAAGUGUUGUUGAGCUUGGACAAACAUUUCUUGGUGAAAGAGAAGGCAGCUCUGGUUUGAGUGUUCUUCGUACAUUCCGUCUUCUUCGAAUACUCAAGCUAGUGAGAUUCAUGCCUAAUCUUAGGAGGCAGCUAUUUGUCAUGCUACGUACAAUGGAUAAUGUAGCUGUUUUUUUCUCACUCCUUGUACUUUUCAUCUUCAUAUUCAGUAUUCUUGGGAUGAACCUAUUCGGAUGCAAGUUUUGCGACAGAAAGGAGGGAAGUGAAACUUGUGACAGAAAGAACUUUGACUCCCUGCUUUGGGCGCUAGUCACAGUUUUUCAGAUAUUAACCCAAGAAGAUUGGAAUGUUGUCCUGUUUAAUGGCAUGGAAAAAACAAGCCAUUGGGCAGCCCUAUAUUUUGUAGCUCUUAUGACGUUUGGGAAUUAUGUUCUCUUCAACCUUCUAGUAGCCAUUUUGGUAGAAGGUUUCUCAUCAGAGAGACAUGAAAGAAGAGAGAGAGAACAGAGGGAGCUGGCCAAGCAGCAACAAGCACUUCAGAGAAAAUAUUCAGAAUGUUAUAGUGAAGAUGUUUACAGUUCAUGUUCACUUUCAGAACAAGACAGCUGCUUUCAGUCUUCUCAAGUAAGCAUCCCUGGUAUGUUGAAAGUUCCUACCCUAACAGUUAAUAAUCUCAAUCCUUCACAGCCUGCGUUCAGUGGAAGGAGAGCAAGUGUUACUAACAACGACAACUCACAAUUAACAUCUAUUUUUCAACGAAGAUGCUCCUGGAAAAUGUCUCGAUCUUCUCUUAGGAGGAAAUCUAGAGCAAGCGAAGAUGAAGAACAAAGUAUAAUGCUCAAUAACAACAACCACUUGAUUGCUAGCCCUCUGCACAGUGGAGAGCAUUCACAUUGCAAUGGAAAUAUUGAAACAAUCAGAAAUGAUACUCAAAGUACUAGAAAUUCUCAAAAUAAUAGGCUAGCUGCACAAAAUGCCAUCAGAAACACCACUGAACAAUCUUUCAGUCAACAGGUCCCUUGGACAGCAAAUAAAGGUCUUGCACGACAGAACUCAUUAGGUGCAGCUAGUGUUUGUACGAGUAACCUCAAUCAGCAGCUCCUUGCACAACCUGUUCCCCAGCCGCAGUUGCUAAAAGUUGGGGCAACACACAAUUCAAGUUUAAGUAUUCCUUUAAGGGUAGAAGACUGUAAAAGUGUAAAUGUUGGAGCAUUAUGUGCUCCAACGGCACUUCCUAAGGUAAAAGAGCCCCCUCCUCUUGAGCCAGAGGAAGAGCCUAUAUUACCUGUGAUUGAAAAAGUAUUUUUUUUCCUUGAGCCAAAAGGAUGUCUCAAAGAAAGAGAAGAUUUUUCGUUAUAUGUAUUCUCACCUGAUAACAGGUUUAGAGAAGUCUGUAGAAAAUUUGUUGAACAGAAAUGGUUUGACAAUGUAGUAUUAUUCUUCAUAGCCCUAAAUUGUAUCACAUUGGCUAUGGAGAGGCCAAACAUUCCACCCAGUAGUAAAGAAAGAAUGUUUUUGUCCACUGCAAACUAUGUGUUCACAGCAGUUUUUAGCUUAGAGAUGUUUGUCAAGGUUGUGGCAACUGGAAUGUUUUAUGGAAAAGAUGCCUAUUUUACUUCUGGUUGGAAUAUAAUGGAUGGCUUACUAGUUAUAAUUUCUAUAAUAGACUUACUAAUGUCGUUGAUAUCAGAAAGCAGUCCGAGAAUAUUUGGAAUUCUAAGGGUUUUCAGGUUACUUAGAUCAUUACGUCCAUUAAGAGUAAUUAAUAGAGCUCCAGGAUUAAAAUUAGUUGUUCAAACUCUCCUAUCAUCAUUAAAACCUAUCGGAAACAUUGUUCUUAUUUGUUGUACAUUUUUUAUAAUAUUUGGAAUACUCGGAGUUCAGAUGUUCAAAGGCUCAUUUUUUUAUUGUGAAGGUCCAAAUAUUAAAAAUGUUAAAAAUAAAACAGACUGUUUAGCUAUUCAAGGAAAUCAAUGGAUUAAUAGAAAAUAUAAUUUUGAUGAUUUGGGAAAGGCUUUAAUGUCCCUCUUUGUCCUUUCAUCAAGAGAUGGUUGGGUAAACAUUAUGUAUACAGGACUAGAUGCUGUUGGAGUUGACCAGCAGCCUAUCGAAAACUACUCUGAGUGGAGAUUGCUGUAUUUCAUAGCUUUCAUCUUACUUGUUGGGUUUUUCGUCUUAAACAUGUUUGUUGGAGUAGUUGUAGAAAAUUUCCAUCGAUGUAGAGAAGAACAAGAAAAAGAAGAAAGGGUUCGAAGAAUGGCUAAACGAGCAAGGCAGAUGGAAAAAAAGAGAAAAAGAAUGCAUCAGCCUCCAUACUAUACAAAUUAUUCAAGGUCACGUCUCCUUGUUCAUAAUGUUGUGACCUCAAAAUAUUUCGAUUUGGCGAUUGCGGCAGUGAUAGGUUUAAACGUUAUUACAAUGGCCAUGGAAUUUUAUAUGAUGCCUAAGGAACUGACUUAUGCUUUAAAAAUAUUUAAUUAUUUCUUUACUGCUGUGUUUAUUCUGGAGUCUAUAAUGAAGUUGGUGGCACUAGGUUUGAGACUUUACCUCAAAGACAAGUGGAAUCAGUUAGAUGUACUAAUAGUAGUUCUCUCGAUUGUUGGAAUCAUUUUAGAAGAAAUGGAAUCUAACAUAAUACCAAUAAAUCCAACUAUAAUCAGAGUAAUGAGAGUCAUGCGUAUAGCCAGAGUUUUAAAACUCUUAAAGAUGGCAAAAGGAAUCAGAGCUCUUCUUGAUACAGUAAUGCAAGCACUUCCUCAAGUUGGAAAUUUAGGACUCCUCUUCUUCUUGCUGUUUUUCAUUUUUGCAGCAUUAGGAGUAGAAUUAUUUGGACGAUUAGAGUGCAGUGAGGAACAUCAGUGCCAGGGCUUAGGGGAGCACGCUCACUUCUCAAACUUCGGGAUGGCAUUCCUGACCCUGUUCCGGGUCGCCACUGGUGACAAUUGGAACGGGAUCAUGAAGGACACCCUGAGGGACGACUGUGACGAGAAGCCAGACUGUGUUAAGAACUGUUGCGUAUCUGGCAUAGCUCCCAUAUUCUUUGUUAUAUUUGUACUAAUGGCUCAAUUUGUACUUGUUAAUGUGGUAGUGGCAGUCUUGAUGAAACAUCUUGAAGAAUCCCACAAACAGUUGGAAGAUGAAAUGGAUAUGGAUGAUGAACUAGAAAGAGAACUAGCCCAACAAAUGGAAGAAGAUGAAGAAGACAUUUGUCUUCAACUGGCUAUCGAACAAGAUGCGAUUCAUAGGCCCUUGGCUAAGGUCCUCUCACUUCCAGCUAAUUUCACAUUCUCUGGAGAUAGCCCAUUGUCUACAUCACCUAAUAAUUCAAAAAGAAGGGGUUCGUCAAACUCCUGGAGAGAUGUCAGAGAAAACGCUCUGGCAAAGAACUCUCAAAGAAGACAGACCUUACAAGGGCCGCUGAUUCCUCCGGUGAUCCCACCAGCCUAUCCAGCUGUUGGCUACACUUCAGUAUAUACUACUCACCAUGACAGAGAAAGACUGAGAGUGACCAAACAAGAAUGUAUUGAUGACGAUGAAAGUCCUGUUGAAAUCCCAAGUCAUUCAAGGUUGGUAUCAGAGUCUGAUGCAGGCAUUUCUCCAGAAUCACCUGGAGUUAUUUUAGUUCCUCCCCCAUAUUCAGAAACAACCCAAUCUACUCAACAAGAAAUAGAACUUAUAGAUACGAGGCAAGAAAAGUUACAGGUGAGUCCUGGUGGACAACGAGUUAGAAUACGGUUAUGUGAUACAAGAAUGGAUUCUGGGAUAGGUGAUGAGAAACAUUCUCAAGAAUCCCAGCCUUCAUCUGGAAACCCUUAUGAGCGGGAAGCAGAAAUUACAAUAGACCAAGUCAUCGUUCAUAAUCAAAGUGUAUCGUAGUGUUUGUGGUCCUAUUAACAAAAACUGUUCUGUGACUCCAUCAGGGAUUUCUUCCAUUCCACUUAUCCACAGAUUGUAAAAUAGAUUAGCUUAAAUCAGUUCUUCACCGACACUGUAAGCUUUCUAAAGAUCAGAGGCAGUCUUCAAGAGGGAAGUGUUGGCCUAAGGUAGUAAUCUGUGGAUUUAAAAAAAAAAAAAGAAAAAAAUCACAAUAUUUAAAUAAAAUUAAAAAAAAAAAAUUAAUAAACAAAAAAUAUUCGAUAGAAAUGUAAGAAGUCUCUGUUAUGGGAAUGUUUUUUUCCUAUUUCUGAUAAGGAUUAAAACAAUUUUAGGCUCAAAUGUACAAAGGCCUUUAAUUUAAUUUCCUAUCAUCUGUUAAAAAUCUAACAGUAGGGUUUAACCGUGUCUGUUAGUUCAACAAGUCACUGUUGUAAGUGUCACCUUAGUUAAUACAUUUAUAAAUAGUUAUAAAAUAAUUCAUAGAUUUUAUCGAUAUAAAUUGAUGUCGGAGGAUAUAAGUGAGAAAUCAACUGAAAAUAUAAGUCAGAAAGUUAGGUAAUGGAAUUGUUUGAAAUUCAUUUUUUUUCCUUCGCUAUUUGAGGAAUGCUAUUGCUUUUUUUUUUUUUUUUUUUUUUAUUAAAUUUGUUUUUUUUUUCUUGAUGUUCAUUCUUAUUUUGAAGUU